UUUGACCCUACUGCAGGUGAGAAGCUGGAGGGGUUCCUGCGCUCCCUGAACAGCAGCAAGCCUCAGUACCUGGGCCAGACGGGCCUGGGUAUGGCCGAGGAGCUGGGCCGCCUGGCUCUGGAGCCCGGAGAGAACUUCUGCAUGGGGGGCCCCGGGAUGAUAUUCAGUCGAGAGGUUCUCCGCAGGAUGGUCCCUCACAUCAGCACCUGUCUGAGGGAGAUGUACACCACCCACGAGGAUGUGGAGAUUGGCCGCUGUGUGCGACGCUUUGGAGGAACACAGUGUGUGUGGUCGUAUGAGAUGCAGCAGCUCUUCUACGAGAACUAUGAACACAACAAGAGAGGUUUCAUUGAAGAACUUCACAGCAGCAAGAUCCACAACGCCAUUACACUCCACCCCAACAAGAAGCCGGCCUACCAGUACCGUCUGCACAGCUUCAUGAUGAGCCGGGAGAUCUCCAGACUCUGUUACCAAAGCAUCCUGCUGCACCGGGAGGGCCUGAUGAUGAGUCACCUGAGUGAUAGUGAAGUGCUGUGGGAGGACCAACAGCUGGGCUCCUCUCCUUCCUACAUGCGCUUUAAACCAGGCGAUAGGAAUGAUGUCAUUGAGUGGGAUUUCCUGACUAGUCGCCAUAUUUAUUCUGCUGCAGAGAACAAAGUGGCCCGGCAGAGCCUUGGCAACCUGCUUCGUACUGCAAUGGAAGACGUUAUACGCCAGGUCAUGGAAAUGAUUAACGAGAAUUCCAAAACACGCGGCCGUGUAAUCGACUUUAAGGAGAUCCAGUACGGCUAUUACAGGGUGGAUCCCAUGCAUGGCGCAGAAUACAUCAUAGACUUACUGCUUCUCUACAAGAAACACAAGGGACGUAAGAUAACAGUGCCCGUGAGACGACACGCUUACCUUCAGCAGUCGUUCAGUCGUCCCUUCUUCACUGAAACUGAAGAGUUAGACGUGUCUGAACUCGUCGCCGCCAUCAACUCUGAGUCACAAUCCCUGUCUUUCCUGUCCAACUCUCUGAAGUUUUUGUCACCUUUCCAGGUCUACGAAUCAAACAGGGAGAUGUGGGAGCAGAGCCAAAGAAAAGUCAACAUCCUCGUCCCAUUAUCAGGUCGCUACGAGAACUUUAUCCGCUUUAUGGAGAACUUUGAGAAAGUGUGUUUGAUACCUAAACAAAAUGUUAAGCUCUCCAUCAUUCUGGUAGACAAUGAAAACAUGGAAAAACACGCUCCGUUAAUGAAAGACUACAGCAGGAAGUAUCCCAAAGCUGACCUGUCAAUCAUCCCCAUGACAGGCAACUUCUCACGAGGCCUUGCUCUUGAGCUGGGCUCCUCACAGCUGGAUAACGACUCCUUACUCUUCUUCUGCGAUGUUGAUCUCAUCUUUAGUGGGGAUGCCUUGCAGCGCUGCAGAGAAAAUGCUGUCCAAGGGAAACAAGUCUACUUCCCUGUUGUCUUUAGCCAGUACAACCCCAAGAUAGUGUACUCUGAGAAGGCCCCGAGAGAAAACAAAUUUGUUCUGACCAAGAAAAGUGGUUUCUGGCGGGAUUACGGAUUUGGAAUCACCUGUGUUUUCAAGAGUGAUUUGAUAAAAGCUGGAGGUUUCGACACCUCGAUAUUAGGCUGGGGAUUGGAAGACGUAGACUUGUACACGAAAGUGAUUAAUUCUGGGUUGAAAGUGUUACGCAGUCAAGAACCAGGAAUUGUUCACCUUUAUCAUCCUGUCCACUGCAACACAAGUCUUGAGCAGAAGCAAUACAAGAUGUGCCUUGGGUCGAGAGCAAGUACGUUUGCAUCGACAAUGCAGUUAGCAGAGCUGUGGCUGGAGAAACACGUAGAGACGGGCUACAACAGAACCGCAUCCUGACCCUUCAGCUCUCCUGGACUCGACACCGGUGUAGCUCAGGCUGCUGGGACGCAUGUUGUGGUGUGACAGAGGACAUGAGCUCUUUGUAGCUUGGACAAACUGAUCCAGAAAGUGCAGAAAACUGAAAUGGACCGAUCCAGUAAGGCCAUACAAAUCCAAACUGACGACACAGCAGGGAAGAAACCAGAGGAAAUACAACAUGACGUAAUCAAGUAUGGUAUUGCUGUGUCAACGUGUUGGAAGCCUUCAUAAGACAAGUCUCUGCUACCUUAUCCAGUUCUAAACCAACUAAGGAAAUCAUGGACUAAAUCCAAAUGUGUUGUUAGUUUCAGAAUUAUUGAUUUGUUAACUGCUGUGUCAAUGAUGCAAACAUAUAGCUUUGUAACCUUCCAGCUCUUAGGGAUUUGUUUAGAGCAGUGUUUCUCAAACUUUUUCAUACCAAGGACCACUUAACCAAUAAAAAAACACUCGCAGACCAUCUAACUCCACAAAUAUCCAAAAACAAUAGGCCUGCUUACCACUCCAACAGUAUAACAAAUUUACAGCCUAAUAAUGACAGCUUAACCUUCUCACCUCGUUCACACAUUAAAUCAACAAUACCAAUACAACAGAUU